AUGGCCGGUGAUAUGUCCACAGUUGGAUGUGCUGCCCUGAAAAAAUCUGCCAAACAGAAAUUGUCCAGCGACAAGGAGAAUAAUUCCAGUAUUACAAAUGCCUGUGGCAAUCGCAAGGAAAAUGGUCAUUUGGCUAUGAAACCGCCCAAUGUUCCACCGCAAAAUAUGCGAGGAGGUCUAAGGGUCUAUAAGAUUGUUAUAUUGGGUGAUGGUGGUGUUGGAAAAUCGGCUGUUACCCUGCAAUUUGUUAGUCAUAAUUUUUUGGACUAUCAUGAUCCGACAAUUGAGGACUCAUAUCAACAACAAGCCGUUAUCGACAAUGAAGCCGCCCUCUUGGAUAUACUCGAUACUGCGGGUCAGGUUGAGUUCACGGCCAUGCGUGAUCAGUAUAUGCGAUGUGGCGAGGGAUUCAUAAUUUGUUAUUCGGUAAUCGAUCGGCAUAGCUAUGAAGAGGCGUCGGAAUAUCGUAAACUAAUACAAAGAGUACGAUUAACCGAAGAUAUACCAUUGGUGCUGAUUGCCAAUAAAAGUGAUCUCGAAUCACUAAGGAAGGUUUCAACUGAAGAGGGCCGCAAUUUGGCCAAUCAAUUCGGCUGUCCCUUCUUUGAGACAUCGGCCGCAUUGCGGCUCUACAUCGAUGAGGCAUUUUAUGCUCUCAUACGAGAAAUACGCCGCAAAGAAAAGCAACGGGCCCUGGGUAAUGGCACAAGUUCGGAGAAGUUACAUUCGCGGCGACGAAGUCGUUGGUGGCGUAUACGUUCGAUAUUCGCCUUGGUAUUUCGGCGAAGACGUAAUUUAAAUUAA